CCACCAAAACCUGGCACGUCCUUAAAUGACCAUAGCUGUAAAUAUGACGUACAACACAAACAAACCAAACCAAAGUAAUCACCGCAUCAUUGAGGGGUCUUUUCGAAGGAAGGACUAAAUUCCAAUACAUACACUGUCUCCACGUUCCAAGCUUCUGAAAAUUGCAGGUACGGGAUGAUGCACACAUGAAAGAUUUUGGAUCAAUGCUGGACAGAACCGAGUCACUGGGACGCUUAGGGAAUCGGUGGAAUAACACGACUGAACCUGGUCACUGGGACGCUUAGGGAAUCGGUGGAAUAACAUGACAGAACCUAGUCACUGGGACGCUUAGGGAAUCGAUGGAAUAUCACGACAGAACCUAGUCACUGGGACGCUUAGGGAAUCGCUGGAAUAAAACGACAGAACCUAGUCACUGGGACGCUUAGGGAAUCGUUGGAAUAACACGACAGACCCUAGUCACUGGGGCGCUUAGGGAAUCGCUGGAAUAAAACGACUGAAGCUAUGGCUCGUUCAGCACUUACCUGUCAUACGCAAAGCGUUAAGGACCAAACGCCACAAACGCUGCAAGCAAAUAAUGCUUGCAAAGACUCGUUGCUGACUGAAUGUACAGACGGUAUUCGUUCACAUUACCCGAAACAUAAAAAUACACCUGGAUGCACGACUGAGGUAAUCAGUGAUGCACCGAUAGUUCAUGUUGGGAAUUCUUCAAGAGAAGACACUUACAGUAAUCUUAUUACUGACCCAUGUGAAUCCCAAAGUAUGACAGGAAAAUCUUCAGCAAUGUCACCGAUUGCAAAUAAGUCAGAGUUUGGAUUUACACUGUCUGAAGACGUAAAGCUGUCCACGGAAUAUGCUUCAGAUGACACCAGUUUCCUUUCGCAAGAACAAAUGUUCAAAAACCAAUUGAUUGGGAGUCAAACUACUACAGAAGCAGUACCUACGUACACAGAUAAAGUCAAAGACACAGGAAAAUCUUCAGUGCAAAUAAUAUCACCAAAACAGAAAUUUGUGAAAGACUCCACAAUACAGAACACAAAAUCGAACUGUUACAUGGAAAACGAAGCCCGGUUUAAGUCCUUUUUUAACCUUCCUUUUGAGAAAUUUCGUACUGACAUUAAGCAUUUAUGUGAGAGUGGUUUCUAUCAUGAUGAUAAAACGACAAAAAUUGUCUGUAUCAUUUGUGGAUAUGAAGUGCAAGAAAACCAGACCUUAGAAGAGUUAAAUAAAGAUCAUAUUUGGAAAUCACCAAACUGUUCUGAGUUUGUAAAUACUUCCAAAAGGCAUGUGGAAUGUUGUGAGAAAAUCCACCGAGAAGAAACUGAUGGCAAAUUAACCAAUACUGAAUGUUCAGGGUCAGGUUUCACUCAUCAGCCAAAAGCAUCUACCGGGAGUGUACAUAAGGGCAAUAACAUUUACACUAAGAUGCCAGAUGCAGAACAUUCGCCUAUUUCCAAGUUCUCUGGCACAACAGCACAACGAGGACGUUUUCAAGGAACGCCACGUCCAAGCAAAAUAUCGGGAGUAGCACGGAAAGUUCAGAAGAGGAGUAAAACAGGCGUUGCACGCCCUCGAAACACAACGGCAUCGUGCAUCGGUGAUCAGCAGUCAAAAAAUGGCGCUUCACAAUCCCAGCAAAACCAACAAAUUGCAAAUGAUACUGCUGAAUCAAAACAAUUUCCAAACAGCUGUAAACGAUGUAUUGAGGACGAAUUUCAUCUACAGAAAAUUUGUGAUGUAAGGAAGAAACCAAAAUAUGCAGCUUUUGAAAAGGUGCAAAACCAGGGAAAACAUGUACCAUCAUCUGUAAACUGUGUUUCCCAGGAAGUUCUCGAUGCCAUUUUAGUGGAGCUGGGGCAACCAAAUGCAUGUCUCACAGACGACAGCAUGGAGGUCAUUCUUAUUCUGAUUGGCCGCUAUUUUCCGCAGUACUACAUACCGUAUGAUAUGAACAAAUUUUUCAUCGAAAAUGGGGUGCAAGCAUUGGACACCUCAUUAGAGUUCGCUCAGGUAAUAUUUGUGCCACCAAAACCAUCUGAAGCACCAUCUUUUACCAAAAGAAAUAAGGAGGAAGAGAUUGGUCACUUUUUAUUGUUGACCAACAUUGGUUGUAGGAAAAUUUUCCAGGUUUGUGAUAGCCUUGGAGAGCGCUCUACAAAACUUCGCGGCGACAGUAGUCACGAAAUCAUCAGAAAAUGUCUCGGGUUUGAGAAAGCGCCAAUCGUGGUAGUAGAGGAAAAGGCUGUCUCGGGACAAAUCGGGGAUAUCUAUUGUGGGUUGUUCGUUAUUGCGUGUUUGGUCGAUAUUUGCCUUGGAAAUGGUGAUAGGUUAGAAAGUUUUGUCUAUGACCAACAACUCAUGAGAGGCCAUCUUAUUAAAACAAUAAAGUGUCUAUUUCAAAACAGGCCAAUCGAAGAGUUCCCUGCCAUAAACAUCGAUGGCGACAAACGACAAAGUAAGUUUACUCUCAUCUGCUCGAAUAUGUUGCAAUAAGUAGGUGUUAGAAAGUCUUGGAAUAACGACUAACAUUUAAUUUGUCUUGCAUCGAAAUUUGUAAGCAAAGAUCAUUUGUUAAAAGAAAUACAUUUUCGUUUCAAGCUAUUUAGAACCUAGCGGAAUUUGACGAUCUUACACAAAGUAGACUUUUGGUAAGUAGCGUUCCGUUAUCUAUUAGAGAGAAGAUCCAUAUUAAUUAAAUAGUUUUAAUAAUACUAAAUGAUUGUUUUUGGACGCCAUUAGUUACUGUCUGCACAUUUUAUAGAACUUGGGAUAGUUUCUUUGCUAUACAAUUGACGAGAUGUUUUGUGCUAUGGAUUUUCUAACGAAUUAUAUUUUGAGACUUAUUCACUUUGGGUUACAAGUCCAUAUAUCGAUGAACCCAAUUAUAGUUGGAGUUAUUAUCCCUUGUGGCCUUGUGAACGAUUUUGCAAAGAUUAUAGAACACAUUUUAUUAAUUAAUUUAACUCAAUCCUGUUGGCCUGGGAGUAUGAGCAUAGGUUUUAAUUUUGGAGGAAACAUCUACAUUCCUUUACUGAUUUUUAUCAAACUGUAGAAUUUAUAUUGGUCAGAUAUGAAAAUCCUUGAACGAGUUCGUGUUUGAGGAAGUCGGAACCAUGGUUACUAUUUAUCAAAAGUCUUUAUCGCAAUUAUAGCUCUAACGACUUGAUUUAUGGGUGGAUUUCUAUCACACACUUCAUGCAUUGGUAAAUGAUGAGAAUAGCUCAAACGCAUUUAUUUUCAUGUUGGCCACUGUUACCAUUUAAUAUAUUUUUUCGUUUUUGCUCUAUAGACUUUAUUUUAAAAAAGGUAGCGACCUUCAUACAUUGGUCAAGUAUGAGAAUCCCUCGAACGAGUUCGUGUUUCAGGGGUUUAAGAUCAUCGUUACUAUUACUAGAAAAUAUUUGUCAUCGCUCCAAUGACUUCAUUUCUGAAUUUUGUUCCAUUUUCAUAUAUAGAUCAAGUAUAAGAUUACCUCGAUCAUAUUUUCUUAUUUUGAUAGGUUACGUUGUAUGGAUGCGUCGUGAAUGAACAGAAGAUGGUUAUACUGUUGCUUUGUAAAACGUGUUAAUGUUUUGUAGUAAUAGAUAAUGACACUGCUGAUUUGUGUAGUAAUGAUGUUGAUUUGUGAAACUUUAUUUGUGUUAUAAUAAAUGACUAUAGUGUUGUGAAUAAAGUCAUGAAUGUCAUCAAA